AUGGAUCAACUCAAUUCCCAUAAAAUAGCAUUUUUUAUUCAAAGCAUAAGAACUCAUCAUAACUAUCUAAUUAAGCUAACACCAUUGCUAGUUUCAUUAUCUUUGUUUCCUUUCAUCUUUUCUACUUCUUCCUUAAUUUCUUUCCUCCAUCACUUUAACUUCUACUUCUCUACAUUCCCUUUCCAACUAUUCACUCACACCAUUGACAAAAAUUGCAUCUUCCUCCUAUGUAAUGGCCUUCUUGUUUUUGUUGGAAUAACAAGAUCUUUAUCUUCGGGGACUAGUAGUGUGGAUGAAUCUUCCAACAAUGUUGAAUAUAGUUCACAGUUACUUUACUCAACCAUUGAAGCUAAAGUGCCAGUGUUAGUGGUGAAGGAGAAAACCACUGAGCUUAAAGAAGUGAGUGAUGAGGCAGAGAAACAAUUUAAGGAUAUAAAUUUGAAAGAAAGAAAAAGAAGUAGCAUAUUAGUUUUGGAACAAGAGGAAAAGCCAAAACAAGAAAGUAGGCUAUUUGAUGAAAGAGAUGAAGACAAAGACAGUGGUAAGGAAGACGUUUUAGAAGAAGCAAACUGGGUACUAAACACAGAUGAGUUGAACAAAAGGUUUGAUGACUUCAUUAAAAGGAUGAAAGAAGAUUUGAGGAUUGAAGCUCAAAGACAAUUUGUCAUGGUUUGA